AUGUCGAGGUCUACGACUACAGUUAUGACAAGCACAAUGCCAUCACAAUCAGAUGAAUAUACUCCUUCCCAUCCUAAUUUUGAUCGUUCACAAUUAUCGGAUUCUCAAUAUAUAGAGCAGUUGAUUUUUGAGAAUAGGGAAUUACAAACCACGAUAGACAAACAAAAUACUCAUAUUGCAAAUUUAAAGAAACAGCUAGAAACUCUUCGUCAUCUUCACCAACAACAGCAACAGCAACAAUCACCAAGAAUUCAAACAUCACAACCGACCCUGUUGUCAUCAUCAAACUCAUCACCUUCACCUAUUGCAAAAUCACCAACUUCUCCUCAAAGAUUGGUUCCCAAAUCCCCAAAACGUCCCACUCCGUUAUCUCCACGUCCCUUACGUUCAAAUCAAAAUGCCAAUAGUUUUGCGUUGGCUACUCCUGUGGAUGAUAGAUUCCUGAAAGACCAAAUUCAUGAACCACGACCUUCACCAUCACAACCUCCACCACCACUUCCAUCAACUUCACCACCACCACCACUACAACAAAAAUCAGAACAGCCAGCACAAGACGAUGAUGACAAUAAUAUUGAUAAUAAUAAUGAUGACAACAAGGAAGUAGUAGUAGUAGUAGAAGAAGAAGUACAUGAAAUUCCAAUUAGAUCUUCCAGACGAAGACGUAAUUCACUUGAUACAAAAUCCACCGCCGAUAAAAAGGCAUCUUAUAUAUCCGUGGAAUCUUCGAUAGCAUCUCAAAUUCCAAAUUCCAUAUCCAACAAUUCUGGGUUGUCAUCUAAUAAAGGAAGAGACGAAGAUAAUGAAGAUGAGUUCCUCAACAAGACAGCAGACGACUCUUAUUCAAUGAAAUCUGGUAACGCAGACUAUGAUAUUUCUGGUAAUCGUGGUAUUCGUAAGAGUGCUACCCACACUACAUUGAAUACUAUGGAAUCAAUUGAUUCAAAUAGAAUGGAUGAAAGUCAAUUUAGCACUUUGGAUAGCGCAAAAUCACAUACCGAAACAUCAUCAGCAACAGCUGCAUCUGCCAGAAUAUAUACUCAAGGUAAGACAAUUGCCAGAAGUUCAAGCAGUGUGGGGUCCACUUAUAAGUCAUCAAGGAUUAAACCUCCAGGAUUACAAAAGAAACCAAGUGAUACAAGUAUAGUUGAUUUAGCCCCUCCAACCUCAUUGAAAGUUGCUGUUGCAAAUUUAGGCUCACCUGUGGAAUCACGUUCACCUCAAUCACAAUAUGACACCCCACCAAGUCAAUCAAGUUCAACAUUUAGUAAUAACAACAAUAUUGAUAACCAGUUGGAUCCACCCUAUGAGUUAACCAACCAAGAUGUGGUCACUUCAAGUACAACAUUGACUGGAAUGACAUCUUCACAUGCUACACCUACACCUGUAUCAAGACCACCCACAUUGAAUUUGCCUACACAACAACCAUAUAUUUCGCCACAUGGUGUAUCAACGCCAGUAACUCAACAAUUACCUUACGAAAAUGUGACACCCAGACCAUCAUUACAUUCCCCUGCAGGAUCUGCAACAAAUAUCCCACAAACUCCACAGACUCCAGGUUCAAGUUUUAAUAUCAUACAUACUCCUAAGACUGAUAUGGAUGAAUCAACAUUGUUUAUCAAGCCAGACGAAUUUCAUACAAUUUUCAUAUCCGUUGUUAGUACAAUAACUGUCAAUUCCAUGAAUCAAGCCGCCAAAAAAUCAGAUGAUCCAAAUAUAACGAUAACCAUUAAUGAUAGAGAAACGAAAAAGGAAAUGUGGAAAAUUCGAAAAACUAUAUCGCAAUUGGGUGCAUUUGAUCAAGAGAUUCGUCCAAUUCUUGAAUAUUUCGGAUUACCUCCAUUACCAGAUAAACAAUCCUUUUUCACAUCCACGCCAGCAAAAAUUGAAACCAGAAGAUCAGCUAUGCAAAGUUAUUUCAAUUCAAUAUUUGUCAUGCCUCAUAUUCCAAAAAUGGUAUUGUAUAAUAUUUGUAAAUUCUUAUCCUUAGAUUUUGUCAACCCCUUAGAUGAUUUCAAGAGUGGGGCAAGAAAAGAAGGAUUUUUGGUCAGACGAUAUAAAGGGUUGGGCACUAACUGGAAGAUUAGAUGGUGUCAAGUUGAUGGUCCCUAUAUGGAAAUUUAUGAAAAUCCAGGUGGCCCAAUGUUGGAACAAAUCAAAUUAUCCGGGGCUCAAAUUGGUAGACAAUCUACUGAUUCAGUUGCUGAAGAUAAAGGAUAUAGACAUGCAUUUUUGGUUAUGGAAUCUCAAUCAAGUAAAAAAUUGCAUUCUUCUAUACCCAAACAUUUCUUUUGUGCUGAAACAGAUGAAGAACGUGAUGAUUGGGUUACUUCUUUGAUUGAAUUUACGGAGGGAUCACCAGAAUCAAGUGAACCUUCUUCGCCACAGAGAUUAGGCAAUGGCAGAGAUGAGAAUAUAGAUAAUCUACUCACACCAAAUACAAAAGUUGAAAUCGGCAAUGAUGAAUUGAAAUCAAUAAACAAUGGACUCACCCCAGCUUCAAUAGCUGCUUCAUUUGCCGAUUCAAUCUCGAAUUUUUCCACCACGAUAAUUAAUGAAGAUAUUACUAAGAAACCGAAAAAGAGAAGUAUAUUCCCAUUUAGAAACAGAGCAAAUACUACCGACUCAGAUGCAUCCUUGGCAACAGCAUGUCAACAACUACAGCCACCACACAAUACAUCCACUGAAGAAAAUUCAUUCCAUUCUAUGCCAUCAACUCCACAGGAAGAUCUUCAACAAGUACUUGAUAAGAUGAAUUUAGGAGAAGAAGUAAUUCCAAAAUCUGUAUUUGGUAAAGAUAUCCAUGCUGCAUUUGAAUUAUCCAAUCAUUCAUAUCAUGGUAAACAAAUUCCUUCGAUUUGUUUUAGAUGUUUAGAUUUCUUGGAACGUACUCAUGCAAUUUAUGAAGAAGGAAUCUUUCGUAUAUCUGGUCGUAAAGCAGUUAUUACAGAAUUACAACAACAAUUUGAUCGUAAUUUGGAUGUUGAUUUAUUUACUAAAGAUUUAGGUGUUGAAGUUGAUAUUGCCACAAUUGCAGGAUUAUUUAAAUUAUAUUUAAGAAUGUUGCCAAAUCCAUUAAUAAAAUUAGAUUCUUCAAAUUUAAUGCAAUCAGAUAAAAGAUUAAUUAGAUAUAAAUUACAAAAUCAAGAUCCUAUUAGAUAUGAUUUAACUUAUCUGAUUUUAUAUUUCUUAAAUCUGGUUAUUGGUCAAUCUCAUAUAAAUAAAAUGAAUUUAAGAAAUAUUUGUAUUGUUUUUGAACCAACUUUAAAUGUUUCAAGUGAAAUUUUAAGUUAUCUUUUAGAAAAUUUUAACGAAAUUUUUGUACAUGUAUAG